GUGAAAUGAAGGGAAAUUCGUUUUGGACUUUCCGUUUUUAAUAAUGUUUAUAUCUAAUAAUUUAAUUAAAGUUUUUAUUUAACAGUGCCCAAUUCCUGUUUAAUAUUCGCGUUUACUUUUACGCUCAUGUGCAUUGUUGGACUCGUGAAUACGCCCUUGAAAACAGCGAUACAAAAAGUCUCAAGUCAGCCUAGCAACAACACUUGUGUAGAUUUAGAUCGUAUUUUGAGAAAUAUUGCGGAAUAUACGCUGCAGCGGUGCCUUUGUGAGAUGAGUACUGAAGACUUAUGGAGAUUUAAACUUGAAGGAGAUAAAUUAUUAAUCUGAGAAGCAAUUCUAGAUUCAGUAAGUAUUGAAGUGGUGCUUUGUUAGUGUAAGAUGAUAACACGGAGAUGGUUCCAUCCAUCACUGAACGGCGUGGACGCAGAAAGGCUUCUGUUGGAACGCGGCCGUGAUGGAUACUUCCUUGCCCGACCGAGCAUGAGCAAUAAGGGUGACUUCACUUUGUCUGUCAAAAGAGGAACUGAGGUUACACACAUAAAAAUCCAAAACAAUGGUGAAUUUCUCGAUCUCUAUGGUGGUGAAAAGUUUGCAACAUUAUCCGAGUUAGUGCAGUUCUAUAUGGACAAUCAGGGUCAAUUACGCGAGAAAAACGGAAAUAUCAUUCGUUUGAAAACACCUCUCAAUUGCGCCGAUCCGACGACUGAAAGAUGGUACCACGGACAGCUUACCGCCAAGGAAGCCGAAAGGAUCAUGCUUGAAAAUGGCAGAAACGGCUCUUUUCUUGUUAGAGAGUCCCAGAGGCAGCCUGGUGAUUUCGUACUAUCAGUUCGGAUGCGAGAUAGAGUGACGCAUGUUAUUAUAAGAAGAAAAGACAAUAAAUACGAUGUUGGUGGCGGUUUACAGUUCGACGACCUCGUCAGCCUCGUGGAUCACUAUCGCAACUACCCCAUGGUGGAAACCACAGGCGAUGUGCUGAGGCUCAUUCAACCCUUCAACGCAACUCGCAUUCAGGUGCAACACUUUCACACACGAGUCAAACAACUGCAGAAAGAAAACGAGGGCCCGAUUGAGAGCAUGGCUUACAAACAGGGCUUCUGGGAGGAGUUUGAAACAUUGCAGAUGAUGGAGAACUUACAGCUCUUCGACAGAAUGGAAGGUUCCAAACCAGAGAACAUAAGAAAAAAUCGGUAUAAAAACAUCAUACCCUUCGAUCACACUCGUGUCAUUCUCCGGGACAUCCCGCUGGACGGACCGCCAGGCUCAGACUAUAUUAAUGCAAAUUAUAUCCGAUGCGACUUUAUCGAUUCCAAUUCUGAGUCGCAAGAUUUAAACGGGAGAAACGAGAACAGCUCACCACAUGGAAAGGAUGGCACAUCAUCUAAAAACAAGGACAAAUCCUCCCCAACACACACGAGCGUCAUAAUAAUAGAAGAACACCCUAGAGAACAUACAAAAGGUUACGGGAACGGUACUCAUAAGCAUUUACCGCCUUACGAGCCGAGCGUUCUACGCACCAAUCCAAACUACGUGAACACAACCAUCCCUAAAACCAAGGAGAAGGUCGAAAACGGAGGUCCAGAUAAGGUGUACAAUAAAAUCUACAUCGCGACCCAGGGCUGCCUAUCCACUACGAUUUACCAGUUCUGGUCCAUGAUAUGGCAGGAAGAUGUGCGUAUCAUAAUAAUGACGACUAAAGAAAUUGAGCGCGGCAAAGUAAAAUGUGAACGGUAUUGGCCAGAGCUGAACAAGACGGAGGUGAUAAAGAAGUACACUAUUUUGAACGAGUCAGAGUCAUCGACGCAGGAUUACACGUUGAGACGUUUCAUAGUGACAAAGAAAGACGAACCGAAUGCAAAGAGGACUAUUUAUCAUUUCCAUUUCAUCGCGUGGCCGGAUCACGGCGUGCCUUCGGAGCCGGGCCGAGUACUGAACAUACUGCUAGACGUCAACUACAGGUUACAGCAGAUCAUGACGAAUAGCGACCCACCGAGCCAAGCCGUCGUAUGCGUGCACUGCUCGGCCGGCAUUGGCAGAACUGGAACGUUUAUCGUCAUCGAUAUGAUUCUAGAUCAGAUACGGAAGGAGGGAUUCGAUUGCGAAAUCGACAUUCACCGCACCGUGCAAAUGGUCCGCGACCAACGGUCUGGCAUGGUGCAAAACGAAGCCCAGUACAAGUUUAUUUAUAUGGCCUUGUUAGAGUUCAUCGAGACUGAAAAGCAGAGAGUUGGUUUAGUGGCUUUGAAUCCGACGCAGGCGCUGGAGUCUUUGCGAAUUUGAUCCAGCCCCAAUAAUAUUUUUUGUACAUUUCGGGAAAGGAAAACAAAUCUUUUUAAACGCUUUAUCAAUCAAAAAUAUUGUAAAGGGGGAAUAUAUGUAGAUAAUAAAGGUCUCCCAAAACGGUAGUGUUGUAACUUGUUAGAUUUGUUAGGUGUAACUUUCGAAUCUAUGCUGUUUAAUAAUUUGAUUAUUAUAGAUUUAU